AUGCGCAGCGAGCGUGCGGACGAAGCUCGGGGCCGCAGGGCGGAGGAGGAGAAGAUGAAGGCCCGAGAGGACGCCGUCAGGGAUCGCGACGCCGAGCUAGGGCAGUUGGCGGAGGCGCAGGCUGCGGAGCACAGCCGGCUGGAGAAGCUGGAGCAGAAGGUGGAGGCAGAGAAGGCCGAGCUGGAAGCCAAGGCGCGGGUCCUGGAUGAAGACCGCGUAGCCUUCAAGUCCCUCGAGGAGAGGUCUCACGCGGCGCUGCGAUCACUCUACAAGAAGGGCUUGAAGGAGCCGUUGGCUAGCAAGGGCCCCACCCAGCUGCUUCCUUACCUGGUCGAGGCGCUUGAGGAAGUCGUGAGCGGUAUCGGACCCUUGGCGGAGGGAGAAGCCUGCAUUCUUUCCUCAGCCGCGUUGACGCGCGUCUUCAGCCACCUCCAUCUUCGUGAUCCUGCUGCCCACCUUGACGAGCUGCUGGAGCCUGUGGACGCCGAGCACUACGCAGCUGCUGCCGAAGCCGUGAAGGGUCAGGUGAAGGCCCUGCUGAAGAGGUUCCGCGCAUUCGAUCCCGCGCCCUCAACUGGCGGUGCCGCUGAUCUUGCGACUCCGGCGGGUGGUGCAGGUGAGGGCGACGCCGCUAUGGAAGAAGCAUCCCUUGCGGGCGACGGUUGCAUCCGGGGAUGA